GGCAGGGACUCAUGGCUGCAGGAAGCCACCAGCCAGGAGAUCUCUGCAGCAAGGAGCAAGCAGAAGGCCUACUCCUAGGGAAAGAAGGGGGCAAAUGCUCAAGCUUAGGGCACCCUGCCCAGGCCAGACACCCAGGGGAAGCAGAGCCCCGGCCCAGCCUGCACACGACCUGCUAUCUGCCCAUGCCACACGGCAGGGCUAAGACAGCGAGGCUGAUAAGGAACUUGGUGCCCAGAACCCCAGGCCUGUGCCUGGCUCUGCACCGCGCUGCUUCAUGGCCCCCCAGGAAAGUGCAGAGGGAGGGCAGCAGCAGCAGCAGCAGCAGCAGGACCAGCAGGUGGGAGGCUCGGUGGAGCCAGCACCAGGUGCCUGGGGAGGGUCACUCCAAAGGCACAUGGGGGGUGGAAAGAGGCUUAAUGGGAUCAGCCCACAGGAGGCCGUACCCAGGCCUGGUGCUGGAGGCGGUGACAGCUGGGCACGGGCACUUCCAGGCAGCGACACCCCAGGAGCGAUGCCAGGGCCAGUGGGGGCUCCUGGGUAGCACUAACCAGCACCCAGCCUGGGGCAGGGCCAGAAGUUUUUCCAGGCACCCAGAAGGCUUUCCCCAGUGCAGCUCCUCCGCAGCACGGGGACCCGAACUCCUGGGCUCCCUGCGCAGCUCCAGACCUGGUGGAGCCUGGCCCCUGCCACGGUACCAGCGUGGGUCAGGGCAGGCGAAUGCAGGCUGGGAGCAUGGCAGGGGCACCCCCCGUGCACUAUUCCACCAGGGGAGACCCCACAAGCCAGGCUGGCCGCAUGCCCAGACCCCGCAGCCCAGCCCUGACUUCUGCCAGCUCCUUCCAAGAGCUGGGCACCCCUGGAUCCCCUCCCCAAACACCAAGCACUGCUCAGGCCCGAGGCAGAGCCAAUGCCCUCCAUCCGCCAGGUGCCCGGCCCUGCAGACCCCAGACAAGCAAAGGCCAACUGCCCCCAAGGGCAGAGCUCUGCCUACAGGGCCCAACAGCACUGCAGGGAGGCACCAGAUGGACAGAAGAGUGGCAGAGGGGGGUGGUAGCAAUGCCAGGAUGGGACCCCACCCAGGUCGCUACCCCCUACCCCCAGGAUCUUCACAGCCUUGGCAGGGCAGCACCCCCAGCUCCAGGGAGAGUGCAGCUGCCCCAGGGAGGCAGCUAAGGGCUGGGCCCCAGCUCAUACCACCUUGGGCUUGCACAAGACCAGGUGGGGCUGGGAGCAGUUACCCAACCAGUGGGGCCACUUCCCCUCCUCCCUGGCAGGUGGGAGCUGGCUGGAGGGGUGGGGGAGCAGGAGGGUGCCGGGCCCUCCCUGGGCACCACCGAGGGGGGCUCAGCCAGGGCCUCCCCCUCCUUGCCCCGCACGACUCGCACCCGAGAUCCAGCCUGGGCUGCAACCCCGGCUCCUCCGAGAGCCGAGGCCUGGGCAGCUGUCAGCAGGAGCUACCUGUGUACAGGAUCCCAGCUGGCUGCCUGCACCCAGCACCGGGGCCAGGCCGGGGGCCCCAGGCAGAAAGGCUCAGCGCUCCAGCUGCUCCCCCACAGAACUGAAGACCCAGGAGCCCCAAGGCCCAGCCGAGGGCAGGGGGGGAGAGGAGAGAGGCUGAAACAAAGAGGGAAGCGGGCGGCAGGGAAGGCCCCGGCUCCAGUUACCGGCAUGGGCCCCAUCUGGCUUUUGUUCCAGGCGGGAGCUGAAGUCUGUUCUAAUUUUAGCCUCCCUGCCGGGCUGGGGCCACUGGGCUCCCUGCCCCGCGCGGGAAUCCAAGCGGGACACAACACGGCACGGCCCGGCUGGCCGGCGGAGGCCAAAAAUACGUGACCCCCGCGAGAGGUGGCAGCGCGUGACGAAACUCCGAGUCCAACCGACUCCCGGUCUUUCCCCCCCGUUGCUCUCCUCCUGGCCCACCAGGGCCGGUCUCCCUGGGUACCGCCACCCCCUGCCCGGCCCGCGCGUCCUGCGAGGCGAAGACAUCCCGUGACCUUGCCAGGUCCCCACCGAGCCGCUCAUCCUCUCCGCGCAGCCACCUGCCAUCAGAUGGAGCUGCAGGAGCAGGAGCCCGGGCAGGACCCGACGCCCCGCAUCCGCUGCAGCGAUGGCUGCGACCCCGGAGCGCUGAGCACCGACAGCUCGCACUGCCUGGGCCGGAUCUGGCAGGGGCUGCAGCACUACAGGGCCCUGCUGGGCUCCGAGCUCUUCGCUGGCCGCUCCCGUGCCCCUGACCUGGAGGAUGCCCUGGCACAGCUCAGCCACCUGCUGCAGCGCCCGGGUGAAGGGGAUGCGGAGCUGUGGAGACCAACACUGGAGCCGAGCCUGAUCUGGGCGCGCGGCAUCAUACAGCACCGCACCCUGCGCCAGCUCCAGGCCUUCUCGGCCGUGAUUGCCCGCGUCUUCGCCCAUGGUGCCACACUGCGCUAGACUGCCUGGGGCCUCCCCAGAGGGGGCAGCUGCUGCAGCUGGAACAGGGGGCAGACCCCCUCACAUUCCCCACCUGUCCCCAUCCUGGGGCAUGACGAGUUUCUUAAAUAUGUAUUGGGGGGGCUUGUUCUAGAGCCCCCCAUGCUCUAUUUA